AAAUGACAGAUAAGAGAUUUAGAUACCAUAACUGUAAAUAACAUAUGAUGCAUGCGCACACUUGAAGUUUGGCGCGAUUACGUAGCUCACGGCGCAGUGAUGCUCAUGUCCGGGAUACGGACGGGACGGGAGUCCUCGUGACUGCGGGAGGGAAAGGGAGAGAGAAUCUAUCCAGGAUAAACUGCCUCUAAAAACAUGUAUUCAUAUUAUUUUCAAAGAGUUGUGCGUUACAUCGUUUGAAAAUGAGAACAGCAUAGCCGGUUGUUUUCUGGAAACUGUUUCGGCGCGAGUGUUUUCUUUUUGCGAUCUUUUUCGUUUGAUACCGUUAGCGUUUUGCUUCAUGAGACGUCUUAUCCAGAUUCGUGCUGGGGCUGCGAGGCUCCCUAGUGGAAACGCAGUCAGUACACGCUAAUAUGUGAGGUGGGCUGAGAUUGUUUCUUUGGUCCUGCUCCGCGCAUCCUCUUCUCUGGAGUAGAAGGCCAAACCUGCACAGCUGGCCUGCGGAUGCGGCAGCCACUCGGCCUGCUAAAAGCUCGGGAUACCGCAAUGCCGAGGGGAUGGGGAGAGAGAGAUGGCAGGUGGGCGAUGGAUGGAGAUUCAUGGGAUAUUGGAGUAUGCAGAUGUACGACGCCAAGAAUAAAUGCUGACACAACAUAAUAUCGAAGUUCACUAUUACCCUUGGACGUAAUGCUAUCCAAACCAUAGCAUCUCAUGACGUGUUCUGUAUGGUUCAGAUCGGAAUGUAUGGUUUUUCCAUUGUAUGUAUUCAGAAAAGUAGGGUGUUUUAUGCUUGAUCUUUCCCAGUUCUGGAUGAUAUUUUUGGGACGAUAUCCCAUAUGCUUUAAACUGAGUUAAAAAGCCAUAUAAAGACGCAAUGCCUUCACCGUCGGACUCCAGUAGCGUGGCUUCAAUGUCAGGGUCCCGAGGUCUGUCUGGUAGUCGCAGAGCAAUGUCUGGGAGGACAAGUGCACGUGUGUUGCUUUACCUGGGCUUGUGUCACCUUGCCUUAGGGGCAAUGGUGCUGGCAUUUAGCUUCACAAGUCUGGCUUUCACCUCAUCACCCCGGGUCAGACAGUCUUGUCCUUUUUGGGCUGGCUUUUUCGUUGUAGCUUCAGGAGUAGUGGGUGUGAUAUCAUGGAGAAGGCCUUUCACUCUUGUUGUGUCCCUGUUUAUGCUGCUGUCUGCAGUUUGUGUAAUUCUGAGUCUGGCUGGUUCGAUGCUGUCAUGUCAGAAUGCACAGAUGGUCAAAUCUUAUCUUACCUGUCAGAUGGAGAAUGGGCUGUGUCUUUGCUGCGACCCCAAGCAGACAUGCUCACCAUCAGAAGAUGAGACACUGGUGCUGUACCAACAUGCAGAUUGCCACGCUGUGCGUCACCAGCUCAAGGAUCUGCUCUUUAGUGCCUGCGGUCUCAGUAUUCUCUCCACCAUUAUCUGCACUCUGUCAACUGUCACUUGCAGCAUCCAUAUCUUCUCUUUGGACCUGAUGCAUCUGUUGGCUCCCCAUCGCUCUCGCUCCGUUAACCCAGAAUGCACCACUCCUCAGGAUGCAUUUCUCAGUAACAUGAUGGACUUUGAGGAGUUUGUUCCACCCAUUCCUCCACCCCCAUAUUACCCUCCUGAAUACACCUGCAGCUCUGAGACUGAUGCACAGAGUGUCACAUAUAAUGGAUCAAUGGAGAGUCCAGUGCCUCUAUACCCAACUGACUGCCCCCCUCCUUAUGAGGCAGUGAUGGGUCAAAGGGCUGCUAGUCAGGCCACAGUGUAUGACACUCAAGCUGGUGAACUAUCUGGAGAGAGAGUAACAUCUACAGCUUUCAGUGGUGAAGUGUCUAUGGACAGUGGCUCUCUGUUGAUGUCUGAGAUUGUGGAUAUUCCAGAUGACAGUUCCCCGUCUGAGGAUUCCUGUCUCAUGGAAAUGGCAAUAGGUGUUCGGGCGCGAUCACGAGGUGUCAGUGAGGGAGGGGAGGGGGGAGAGCACGUCAGCUUUUGUUGUUCUGCACAACAUCCAGAGGGAACCGUGGUGGCUCCUCCAGGCAAACGCUGUUUCAGAGGGGAAAGAUCGAACUCCUGCUCCUCUCCCAGCACAUACAACACUUCCACUUACAGGUCACCAGUCCUGAGGCGUCAAGCUCUGUUGGCAAGUAGUUGCUCUCAGUUGGAGUUGUUAGCGAGGUCUCGACACACCUCUGUCCCAGAAAUUCGAGUUCGUCCCUGCUCGCCCUCGCAACGAGAUUCUUCCUCUGCUUUUACCAACCCACCUACCACAGCCCAUUCAAGUGCCCCCCAAGACAAUCCAGACCACACAGCCCCUGCUCUUCAUCCACACCCAUAUAUCCAUGAGCAAAUUUUCCGGCCUCGAAAAGACAGCGAUAGCUUUUUUCCCCUUGUGAGGUCACACAGUGAACCAGGGCUUAGCUCUUCAAAUGACACAGGUGAUUUAAGUCUCUCAGGAGGCAGUAAACUCAUCAGUGAAGGAGGGUCACAGACCUCUUCAGAAACCGGGCCAUCAUUUGGAGCGGCAUUGCUGCCCCGCUCCUCUCUGGCGCUUCCUGCAUCCCUGCCCAGAAAGGGCAGCAUUAAGGCUGUGAGCAGCCGGCUGCCAUCAAAACAGGUUCCUGCGACCUCGCUCCGUUUACCCAAAGACUGUGCACGUUCACUUGGAGACCUAAAGGUCACCAGGGUUUUAGUGCAGCGUUUUCUGCAAAGAUCAAAGCGGAAUUUAGCUCCUGCAACUGAACAUGCUGGAAACUUUAUUCAGGGGUCUAAAAGAAGGACAGGAGGCGAGGGAAGUUUGCCUUUAGAGCAGGUUCUUCGUAAUUCUUUGGGAGCCAGCAGGGGGCAGCAGCAGCACGUCCACCACCACUGCCGUGGACAUCACCACUCUCAUAGCGACAGUCGCCAUAACGCCCGACACCAUGACGAUGACCCCGUGAGUGCCGGAGGGAUCCACUUGCGUAGCUGCGGAGACCUCAGCUCCACAUCUGUAGCCACGCUGCGCAGGCUCCACCCACCGCCGCACGGCUCAUCAGGGGCUCUUUUCUCAGAAUCCGCCCUUUGAAUUGGUUUAAAGGAAUUGCUGUGUUGAUUACUCUGGAAUUCGGGAGAGGAGCAGGGAAUAGUUGCAAUAGCAAACAAUGAUAGCAGGAAAACAGUGUAGCAGUGAGAACAUUUAUCUCGCAGAUGGGGUUGUUGAGACCUGACGCAGAUAAAUAUGCUGUUUGAAUAUGAGGGUUGUAGCUGUUAUAACACCUGCACUAACUAACCUUCAGACUCAUUGCUCUCUGUGCCUGACAAAAACACUGGUGCUGUUUUGCAAUCUCUCCUGUCUUUCUUUUUCCCUUUCUUCAUGCUUUUUUACAUCUUCGGACAUAUUCAUCUGCUCCUUUGUGUUUACGAGCAUUGGAAAGAAUGCAGCUUAUCAUAUUUACAGCAGUCAUGCAAUUACAAACAUACACAUGAUGCAUGCUCACACGCACACUUGGAGUGCGGUGUUAACUCUUGUGUAACUGGACACAAUGCUUUUUACUCUGGCCAUCUCUUACACCUUAACCUUUUACAUAGUGUAGCAAAAAAUAACCUUACAUAUGUAUAUCUCAUGGCUCUGUGUUUAACCUCACAUGACUGUUUAAUUCAGCACUUGAGGUUGAUGUAUUUAAAUCCAUUGUUUUUAUUAGAAGCGCAUGUAACUGGGCUAAUUCAUUUGGAGCUUCAAUUUUUUUGCAUCUGUCUGUCUUCACAUUGUGGACUCAAGAUUCAGUGUAAUAGUUUCUUACAGAAUGCCUCUGCAUGUUUUGAGAAGGCAUGUUGGUUUUCUUUCUUAUUGCACAAUCACACACAUGCUUAUUUAUUGCACUGGUACAAAUCUAAAUGCCACUAAUGCAAAGAAAUGUUUAAGGAGAAUCUAUGAUUCUCUGGCAAUAAACAUACUUGUAACUUAUGCAGACCUUGAACUAUUAAGUUCUGAAAGAUAUCUGUUAAGACUAAAGUUGAGUACAAAAGGCUGAUAUGUUCAAGGAUUUUUCAUUUUUUUGAAAAGUGUGGAAAUAAUAUAACAGUGGAAAGAAUGCCGUAGACCUCUAUAAAGAGGAUAAAUCAAAUGUACUAAUUGUGUUGUGUUCUGAAAUGAUGUGUAUAUAAAGGAAUAAUAUUACAGUUGUGGAUUGUUUAAAGGAUUCUGGAAUGCUUAGCUAAUAGCUUUGAAUGGGAAGCAAUGCAACUAAUGCAUUAAUACAAUUGAUAUAUAUGUAAAUAACUUUAAUGCACGGACCCUUAUGCUCAUACACACAUUCUGUAACUUACUGGAGCACUGAAAACAAUUCUGAAACAGAACUUGAUAUUCUACCUCUUGUCUUGCAUACUGACAUGCUACAGCUGAUUGGAAAUAUAAUUUAGGGAUUUUAUGAGUUAUUUUGGGAACAUUAAAUCAGCUUUACUUCAUGAACUUUUAAUGCAAGUUAUGUAAAAAUUAAAAGAAUUCAUGAAUAAAUGUAUACACAGAAACUUUA